AUGAAGAUGUUUCUCGCGAAGGUAAAGAGAAAAAGUCAAAGAAAAGAAAUGAUAAAGGAAACCAAUCUGAAUUUGAAGAUGAUUAUCCACAAUCUAAAGAGAAAAGGUCAAAGAAGACUAAUGAUAAAGGGUUUAAGUAGAGAACAGAAGGAGUGUGUUAGGGCUAUGGGAUUUGGGAGUUUGUUACAGAUUAUGAUGAUUGAUGUACCGUUGAAGAUUGUUUAUUAUAUUGUUGAUCAUUUUAAUUUUGAAAGUUUGAAGGUGGAUUUUGAGAAUUGUCAAGUGAUUGUUAUUAGCAAACAUGUUCAUGAUAUGUUAGGAUUAGCAUCCGAUGAAAAGAUCAGGUUUCUUGAUGAUAUUUUACAAGAAGAGGGAGGAUUUGGUUGUGGAGAGAUUAAUGAACCAUAUGUUGAAGAAGAAUGUCAAGAAUCUGAUGGCGAUGAUGAGGAAUGUGAUGGGAAAGGUGCUGGUAUUGAAGCGGAUGCCAAUGAUACUGCACUUCAGGACCAGAAUGAUAAAAAUGAUGCUCAAGGUAAAGUUGAUGGUCCUGAAUGUGAUGUUAAUGAUCAUGAACAUGGGGAACAUAUUAGUAAAAUUAAUGAUUUGUUGAAUGAGAAUGAUGAUGAUAAAAAUGAUGAUGUGGUUGGUAAGGAAAUUUUGAGUGUUGGUCUGGUUGACGGUGUUGAAGCUGAUGCUAAUGAUAUUCAGGAAGGUAAUGAGAAUUUAGUUAAGUGUGGUAUAAAUCAGAAGGGCAGUUAA